AUGGCCAUUCAUUAUGUCGAACAAAAUGGCUCUACGCCCAGUGUCUCUAGGCAUAGUGCCCCGGAGCCUCUCAUCUCAAAUAAAGAUGCCCACGAAAAUACAGCUUCGGAAUCUAGUGCUCACCAGUCUAGUAGCUCGAAGCCUAGUACACCGGAACAAACUGCCAAGUCAGCCGAGCCAUACGAGCUCGAACCAGUCAAUUCAACCAAUUCAGCAAAUCCAACCAACGCUGGUAAGCCAGGAAAACCGGAGGAGAUAGAAAAGCCGGUAUACCUCCCGCGUGCCGACCGAUUGCUACAACGGCCAAGCAAGGAAAAUGCACAGGGCCUCUUUCUUCCCGAUUGUUGUGUUUUUGUGGGAAAUCUCUCCAUUAAACAUUCUCUUGAAAAGUUGGAAGAAGAUCUUACAGAAAUGAUCUCUACAUUUGGCCGGUGUCAUGUUAAGAUCAAACUGUCACAGGGGUUGAAGAAACUACCUGUUGCAUUUGUACAGUUUGAAGACACCACAGCAGCAAAUUCUGCAUUGAAACAAAAUGGAAACCUGAUGCUUCAUAAUCGUGUGUUGAGAUUGGAAUCAUCUAGGGCAAGACGAACUGCCCACUUCGGUAAUAUCACUGAUGCUCCCAUCGACAAAGCUGAAAUUGCUGCUGCCCUGAAAGGACGUGGUAGCCUUGAGGGCAUAACUAUUGAACCCUUUGUCAACUCCGAAGGCGUCGAAUCUACCUUUGGCGUUGUAACUUUUGCAUACCCCGACGAUUACGCAGAUGCCCUCCAGUAUUUUCAAAACAACCCUGAUUACUAUAUGAGCAGACCCACCAUGGACUCCAACGACAACCAGCUUCCUCAGGAUUACCCUGCCCCAGGACAUAGGCCUUCUAACCAACCUCCUACAACCCGCGGCAAUGGCAAUCAGCAGCGAUACAACAAUGGUCGCAGGUCCUUCCACCGUCCAUGGUAUAGCGGCGGCGGCAAUAACAAUAACAACAGAGGCGGAUUUCGAAAUGCUCCUGGGGCUGCCCCCAGACACCAAAACACACCCUUUGCAAAUCAUGGUCACAGCCAAAGCUUCAAUGGUCAAGGCCAUUCACCUCAGGGCUCUUUCUCUCAGAACUUCCCUGGUGGCAACGGUUUCCCUCAGAACAACUUCAAUAAUCAGGGCUAUCCCAACCCCAACUUCAAUCAAAACUUCCCUGGCAACUUCCCCCCGAACUAUCAGGGCAACUUCCCCCAGAACUACCCCAAUCAAAGCUUCGUGGCUGCGGGUGCCUUUCCCAAUCACCCUGUUAUGUUCAACCAAAUGCCUAUGCCUAUGUCUGAAGGCCCGCCCCCGCCAUACCAUGCUGAGUACACUGCUAUGCCAGCCCCGGGGUUUCCUAUGUUCUUGAGUAAUCAAUCAUAUCAGCCUCCCAAUACCCUUCCUGCGAUCGUCACUCAGCCCCAGCCUCUGCCUCCGCCUCCGCCUCCGCCUGUUGCUGGUCUUAUUCACGGUCGCCGGCGAUUGCCCCCCCGUCCUGAUUGUCCCUUGAUUGUCUCCAGCCAGCCUCAAUUUGACACCGAACAUCACAAGCAACUUUACUAUGAGACCUACCCCGCUGAUGAAUCCUUCACGAAUAUGCAGCCAGGUUGGGCCGGUCAUCCAGGUGCUUGUUUCGUGCACUCUGACUACAACCAGCCCUAUCCACCCAACGCAUAUCCUCGCAGUCGCCAAUCUAGCAUGGAAAGUCAGCAGAACAUCAGCUCACUGCCCAGAGCCAUCGAAUCUGAGUCGGCGUUGACACAGACCAAAGUCCAGACCUCUGAGACUGAGAGAGGUCGCCAACUAUUUAGGCCGCGUCACCCCAACACCGAUGGAGGAUGUGAUAUAACACCAGUAUCUGCUCCUGCUGAGAUGACUACAGUGUCUACCACUGCUCAGACCCAGAGCGAUCCCGUCUCUAUGCAAGCUCUGGAUGGUCCACAGGAAGAAAUUAAUACGGCAAAUAUGAGCAAGUCCAUUGAGGCUCAAAGUGAGCCCACCGCACAUGUGGAAGAGCGUGUCAAGUCUCAGGGUCAAACCACUGAGCCUGAGAAUGAGCCUCACCUGCCUCAGACUGAAUUCAUUUGUGUUCCAACUCAUGAUCAAGGGAAUGAAGGGUUGAUGAAUGAAACCAAGCCCCCAUUGAAAAUCGAUACCAAGAAUGAAGAAAGCGGAUCUUCCUCCGAGGCUGGUCCCAAGACACCAGACACCGAUGAAUCUCGGGAAAGCGCUAAACUUCAGACUCCAGCUCAAGCUGACUCACUGGAAUCAGCCGAUACUGAGACUCCUGAUACCGACGAGACCCUCAAGCCAGUCGACAAGGGCAUCCCGGAUAAAGGCAAGUCCCCGGAAGUGGUCACACCUACUCCAACCAAGAGUGGCAGCAAAAGGCUCGAGCCUGCAGUGCCAGACAACAAACACCUACUAGCCCGCCAUGCUUUCCAGCACCGCAAACCCCUCAAGAAAAAGUACCAACCUAAAACCGACACUGGCAAAACAGUUGAGCAGUACACCCGUGAGAUAAAUGCGCAACGUGCCUCUAUUGAUCCUGACUCGCGUGUCCCUGAGCAUAUCCUCCAAGAGGUGAUCCAAGAGCUCGAGAAUGAGCGCAAAGAUAAUAUUCGGAAGAGUCAAGGUCUCGGUUCCAGUGAUAAGAGCAGCGUCGAUAGUGGUACUUCUCCGAAGAAGUAG